AAUGCAGAUACGGUACAUGGCUUUGAGUACUAUUGGGAGCAACUUGUAAGCUUUUCUAAUGCAAAGUUAUACCUUGAAUAUUAUCUUUAUGAGCAUAGAUUUUUAUGGGUACAGGCAUUCACUACAAUAGAAUUUACGCUUGGAAUUCAAUCUGCAUCAUUUGUUGAAAGUCAGAAUGCAUGCAUCAAAAGGGUCUUGAAAAGCAGCAAUACAUCAUUGUGUGAUUUGGCAAGCAUUGUUACAGUUUUUUCUGCUAUUGAAUCUUUG